UAAAUCUAACCUAAAAAACAAAACAUUAAAACUUACUUCAGUAAAAAUAAAAAUAUUGUAAAAACUUCAAGUACAUUGUUAAUUUGUUUUUGUAUCAAAUCGUGACCAAACCCAAAUUUAAAAUGUUUCAUAUUUCAAAUGUGCAUAGAAAUAUAUCUUGGUGUAGUUAUUUAGUUAUCCAAACUAGACAAAAAUCCAAAACGCACUGGGCUAAAUUGAAAAGGAAGACUAGUCCAAAAUACAAAGCUAUGGAGCAUUUUGAUGAUUUCUAUGGGUCAGUAUUUGGAGUUAAGUGGGACCCUAUAAAGGAGGCAAUGCUUCGGCGAAAUAAAUAUGUCGCUGUUGUUAACAAUUAUGGAAAUGUUGAAGAAACUAAAGAUUUCCUCACAAAUAGAGGUGCUCACUGCUUAAAAAAUCUGAUUUCCAUACAGAAUGAUUUUCAAAAGGAAUACAGUCCUAACACCAAAGCAGAAAUAAAUAAAUCUGAGAACAAUUCUAAUAAGAAACUGGAAGAGUUUACGAGCCAACUUCAAAGUGACGAAAUAGCCAGCAUGUACUCCCAGAAAGAGAGUGCUCCUGCAAGACUGGAUCUGGCUGAUAUAUCAUUGAAUUCAAGGGAGUCUUUACUGCUGACCGAGAAAGAUACAGAACCUCCCACAAACACCACAUUGGAAGAAUCAAUGAAUCAAGCCAAGAUAGAUAUGUCUAGAAUCAUCGACCCAUCAUUAGGCCUGACUUCAGAGUCUCUCUACCAGUUCAUACCGGCCACCAAGCUCAAGGGAAUGGACGACUGGGUGCCGGAGUCACUGCACUACUCAUUCUUAUCUAAGGACAAAGAUUUCCCACUUGUGAUCGAACCAGAAACAGACUUGACAUUUCCGGAGCACCUCAAAGUUUACACAUACGAGAUGCACAGCGAAUGGGGAAUGUUUCCCGAGCCUAAAAGAUGUAAUACAGGAGUUUUUAACUACUACCCGAUGGACUGCGGCAGUGUGCUAUCUGUGCUCGCACUGAACCUGCAGCCCGGAGACAGGGUGCUGGAUAUGUGCUCCGCGCCGGGGGGCAAAGCCCUGGUGGCGUUACAGACUCUGUUACCAGAUGUCAUAGUGUGCAAUGAUGUCUCCAUAUCUCGUACUAAUAGGCAGAAAAACAUCUUCCGUGACUACCUCUCGGACUUUGCUACCAACAACAAAUGGAAUGAACGAGUUGCCUUCACCAGAGUAGACGGCAGAAUGUUCAUGGACGACCAAGGGUUUGACAAGGUAUUGGUAGACGUACCCUGUACAACUGACCGUCAUUCAGUGACCGAAGACGAGAACAACAUCUUUCGACCGGACAGGAUCAAGGAGAGACUGCGGUUACCCGAGCUACAGGCGCAGUUGUUGGCGAACGCGUUAAAAUUAGUUCGCGUCGGCGGUGCAGUAGUAUACUCGACAUGUUCACUAAGCCCUGUUCAGAAUGACGGGCCCGUGCACAUGGCCCUCAAGAUGGUCUUCGAACAGGACUCCAUUGUAGCUGUGGUCAAAGACCUAACCCCCGCGUUCUCAGGACUGAGUAGCACACUAGAGCUAAGUUCCGGAAAAACCGCCCCGCAAUACGGACAACUAGUCGUACCGUCCACAGCGGCUAACUUCGGGCCGUCCUACAUAGCGAAACUUGUUCGGGUUAAGUAAAUAUUUCAUUCUUCAUUAAAAAAAAAUGGAAUGAUAUACAGUAUUUCCACUUUUAUAUGUUACACCGAUUAAAAGUAAAAAAAAAAAAUAUGGCGCGAAAAUAUUUGACAGGUUGAGCCUAUCAGAGACCGCCAUUUGAA